UUCACCAUUUAUGUGUUAGGGCUUCUGACAAUUAGUUGAUUGUCCCAUGGAUCUUAAUUGUUUAUCGAUGGUUUAGUUGUUAAUUUUUCGUAUUUACAUCAUUCUCUCUCCCCUUUUCUGCCUCUGAAUCAUUUUGUAGAUCUUUUAGUUUCCUCUUUUAUUCAUUUUCUUUCUUUCUCACUUUUUCUACUCUCUUGGUCCUUUUCUGUUCUUCAAUAAAUCUUAUUCUCUACAUUCAACUAAUUAAAUGUGUGCCCGUAGAGGUAGAAUACCUCAUCAUUCCCAUCAUCUUUAUUUACAGAGACGAGAUGAGGAUUAUUCGUACAUCAGUCCAUGUGUUAAAUAUUUUCUAUUCUUCUUCAAUCUUAUAUUCUGGCUCAUUGGUGGUACACUGAUAGCCUUAGGUGGAUGGUCUUUCCUGGAGGAAUACCCGGAAACUGAUUUGAAAAAAUUUGAAGGUGUAUUAGAUUUAUUUAUACAUGUAUCUUUGGCUCUCGUAGUCCUUGGAACUAUCGUUUUCUUGAUGAGUUUUGCUGGAUGUUUGGGAGCUUUAAGAGAAAAUUUAUGUUUCUUAAAAUUGUAUUCAUUGAUGUUACUACUCUUAUUCAUCGGUGAAAUAGUUCUAUCAACUGUUGCAUUCAUCUUUCCCAACACUGUUUCUUAUUUCCUGAAAGAUAAACUCUCAAAAGAUCCCAUCAUGAAGUAUAGAGAAGAUACCAACCUGCAAAACCUGAUUGAUGUUAUGCAGAUGAACUUUAAAUGCUGCGGUAUAUCAGACCAGGGGUACAAAGAUUGGAAUCGUAAUAUUUAUUUCAAUUGUAAUGAAUCAAAUCCAAGUCCAGAAAGAUGUGCUGUGCCUUUCAGUUGUUGUCGAAAUAAUAAAAACUUUGAUAGUGGUUUGAUUAACAGUAUGUGUGGUUACUCCUUCCAGAAUGUAUCCUCGGUGGUUCAAGUAAAUAGAUUCAUCUACACUCGAGGUUGUAUAGAAGCAGUGACGGAGCUUUUCGAGAAGAAUAUGAACUACGUUGCUGGAAUUUGUCUCGCGUCAGCGGUUGUCCAAUUAUUAGCAAUGUUUUUAGCUCGUUCCUUGCAAGGACAAAUAAUGGCGCAACAAAGUAGAUAACGUUAACUUUUCUCGGACACUCUUUCAUUAUGAAGCAACAACAUCAACAUACCUUGAGCAAAAUUAGCUGAAAAUGUGAUGUAAAAAAGGAAAAUGGACCUUCAACCUCUCAUCGAAACUUGAGUAAUCCAUUGCGGGUAUUAAUAUACACAAUUUAAACCUGAGUCUUUCUCGGUUUACUCAGGUUGUGAGAAGUGUUAAUUGUGUUUCAGUUUCUUUUUUUCUCGAGAGUUGUUUCGAGAAUUUCAAUCCUCUCCUGCCAAUCACUCUUUGUGAGACUCACUUUCUUUUUCUCAUAAAGCCUUUCUCUUUAUUCAUUCCUCUCCUUCAUCAUCUUUCAUUAUUCAUAAAAUCUUCCAUCAUUUCAUCAAUUCUCAUCCAUCAUCUUCAUUAUCAUCAUAAUCUUUCUCUCUCAUUGUAAACUUUCUUUCUUUCUCUUUCUCUCUCCUUCUCUCUCUUUCUCUUUCUCUCUUCACAAUCUCAAUAACGUAUUACCCGAUUGUACUUAAAACCUUUCAAAUUUUUUUCGCUUUUUCUACGACAAAUGAACAAUUCACUCUUUUUAUUGUAAAAUGAUUUUUCUAAUCGGGAAAAAUUGUUUCAUAUCUAUAAAUAUAUAUCUCUUUGAUGCUGAAAACAAAUAUACAUUUGUAUCUAUGAAAAGUAUGCAUUAAAAAACUUUCCUCUCGCAGGAAUAAUCAACAA